AUGCGCGCCACUUGCUGUCUGCGGCCCGGAAGCAAGUGUUCAUCCUCUACCGUUCUUCUGUGGCUCCUGUAUGCCUGCGGUAGGGCUCAGGCCGAUGCUUUGGGUCUUGAGGGUGCUGAGCUUGGUCAGUAUGUUCUACAACAACAAGCUAUUGAGAGGGACCAGCGAGCUACCGAGAGAGAAGAGAAGCGGCUCCUAGCAGAGAGAGAAGAAAGAGCUGCUGAGAGAGACUUCCAACUUGCUAAGCUUCAAGCUGAGAAGGAGAUACAGCUCGCCCGCAGCACCGGUCAAGGAAAAGUGAGUACUUCUUCCUGUGAGAACGUCAGAGGACCGAAGUUGCCAACUUAUCAAGAGGGAGAUGAUAUAAGCAACUUCCUCGUGCGCUUUGAAAGGGUGGCUGAACUACUCCAGAUUGAUAAGGAUAGCUACGCUGCAAGACUUGGGUGUCUCCUCACGGGUAAGGCUACUGAACUGUAUACGUCGUUGUCUGCUGACAUAACUGAAGAUUACGCUCUUCUGAAGAAAGCUCUCCUCACUGGGUUCAGUAAGACCGCCGACAACUACCGUCUGGAGUUCCGCCAAGCCAGGAUUAGGGUUGGGGAAAAUUAUCAGCAGUUCUCUGUCCAUCUGACUCGACUGUUCCAGGCAUGGUCGGAGGCAUCUGAUGUCGCCCACACUUUUGAAGGUCUUAAAAAAUUCAUCCUGCUUGACCAGUUUUUGACUAAUCUUUCUCCAGAUUUGAGGGUUUUCAUCAAGGAGCGUCGGCCGACAGACCUUCCCGACGCAGUAAGGCUUGCCGACGACUGGUCAUCUGCCCGUCACGCCUACCCGAAAGCCUACUCUUCUAGUUCCCGAGGAACUUCUAAAGCUGCCUCUGGGGUAAGCCCUACAUCAUCUCAAGGUGACUCCAGCAAGUCCUCUGUCCAGUCCACCCCUAAGAAAAUUACGUGCCACCAGUGUGGAGAAGACGGCCAUAUUCGGCCGCGCUGCCCUAAGAAUCCCGCGCCUUCAAGGAUUGGGAAGCGGAGUGUCCCAAACUAUUCUGUCUCGGGCACCAUUAACGGAUCUUGGAGCUCGAACAUCAUCCGUGACACUGGCUGCUCGUGUGUGGUAGUCUCAGAAGAGGUGCUUCCAGACGUAGAUGUGGAGAGUUGUCCCAAGAUUUCCCUAGCUGACUACUUGGGAAGAGUAGACAAAUUCCCAGUUGUAAAGUGCUACGUGCGCUGCCCCUUCUACACUGGUUGGACUGAGGUGGUGAGAGCUCCUAUAAAGUUUGCUGGCGCUCUGAUAGGAAACAUCCCGGGAGUUAUGGAUCCCCAGGUCUCUAAUCCUUCUCCAGCUCCUCUUCCUGAUUCCAGCAGGGCAUCCUUGUCAUCAGAGCUGCAGCCGGAGGUUUCUACCAGUGCUUCGACUGUGUCUUCGGCUGACCAAGUACACGCUGUUACCACCCGUGCCGGAAGGAUGAAAAGACUGCAUCCUCUGGUACUUCCAGAACUUCAGCCUCUCUCCAUGACCCCUCAAGAGUUCAACCAACUGCAAGCCUCGUGUCCUUCCUUAACUGGGGUACGACAGAAAGCCUCUACGGGAGAAGUUGAGAAAGCCAGGAACGGGUCGUCCUUCCAGUACCUGUACGUCAAUGGGCUUCUCUACCGCAAGUGCCUCACUUCUCAGCUUCCAAAUAAGGUAGGCCAACAAUGCCUGGUUGUCCCAAGUGAGUGUCGCCAGAUCAUACUCUCAGUGGCCCACGAGAGUCCCUUGGCUGGACAUUUCUCUCACCGCAAGACUGAGUUGAAAAUUUAUGAACAUUUCUUUUGGCCAGGUAUGGGAGCGGAUAUCCGUGCCUACUGCCGCUCUUGUGACAAGUGCCAACGGAUGUCAUCAAAGGGCCGGGUGCGUCCUGUCCCUCUUCAGCCCCUACCUGUGAUCACCGAGCCUUUUUCCCGAGUCGCCAUUGACCUCGUUGGACCUCUUUCUCCUCCAUCUUCCGAGGGCCAUAGACACAUUCUUACCUUAAUAGAUUUUGCAACUGGGUUUCCAGAGGCCCUGCCACUUAAGGACAUAGACUCAGUAUCAGUAGCUGAAGCCUUACUAGUGAUAUUUGCACGUGUAGGAAUUCCUAGAGAAAUCCUCUCUGAUCGAGGAACUCAGUUUACCUCCAGUCUGUUAUCAGAGUUACAUAAGCUGCUUGGUGUUAAACCUAUUUUCACAACUCCUUUCCAUCCCAGUGGCAAUGGACGCAUAGAGAGGCUCCAUGGUCCUCUCAAGGCAGCUCUGCGCAAGCUCUGUGCUGACAAACCCAGGGAGUGGCACCGUUACCUCGUUCCCACGCUCUUCGCCCUCAGGGAAAUCCCCAGUGAUCGGACCGGGUUCUCCCCCUUUGAACUACUAUAUGGACGCUCUGUUCGAGGACCUCUCACGGUGUUGAAGGAGUUGUGGGAUAAUCAGGACAUCCAGGGAGAAGAAAGAACCAGCUUCCAAUACGUCCUGGAACUUCGAAACAAGUUGUCAGAAUGUGCCCAGCUUGCUGCUCAAGCAGCUGAUGUAAGUACUGCCCGUUACAAGUCCUAUUUUGAUCUUAAAUCUCAGGACAGGAAGUUUAAUCCAGGUGACGAGGUACUAGUUCUUCUUCCCAGCCACACAAGCAAGUUAUUGGUAGCAUGGAAUGGUCCAUACAAGGUCCUUGAAAGACGUGGUAAUGUUGAUUACCUUAUAGACGAGCCUCGUGGGCCUAAACUAUACCACGCCAAUCUACUUAAAAGAUACCAUCGACGAGCAGUUGUUAACAGGCUCCAUGUUCUCGACGAGAUUCAAUCUCUCGAAACAAGCGAACCCCAGGACAGCACCGUUCCCGUCGUGGAGGAGAAAUUGCCUGACGCCAGCUCCACGGAACUGCCCAUUACGGCCGAUGAAUGGCUGGAUUCUUCACCACCAAGUAUGCCGGAGAUAAAUCCCUCCUUGCCCUGGGAACAACGAGGCGACAUCGAGGACUUACUGCUGGACUACAGGGAUGUAUUCUCCACCACACCUGGCUGUACCUCGACUAUCAUGCACGAUAUUGUCCUCACCACCACCAACAGGAUUCAAGCUAGGUUGUACCCUGUCCCUAUUCACCUUAGACCUCACUUUGAUGAAGAAGUAGAUAGCCUUUUGGAACAAGGGAUAAUUCAAUUGUCUUCCUCUCCCCACUGUAGUCCUGUUGUAAUGGUUCGGAAGUCUGACGGUUCCUACAGGAUGGCUAUUGAUUACCGGAAAUUGAACUCCGUUACGGUCUUCCACGCUGAGCCGUCUUGUAAUAUGGAAGAAGACCUUCACAUGUUCGCUGGUGCUAAAUACUUCUCGGAAAUUGACCUCUGCAAGGCUUAUUACCAAAUUCCAUUGACAGACAGAGCCAAACCCCUAACUGCCUUUCCAACUCAUCGUGGUCUCAUGGAAUUCUGCCGCUUACCCUUCGGACUUGUCACAGCAUGUGCUACCUACGUCCGUCUGAUGCGUCUUGUCCUCGCCGGGUUACCCAACAUUUCUUUCUACUUUGAUAAUAUAUUUGUCCACUCUUCAGAUUGGCCUCAGCAUAUCAGCGCCCUCAGAGCUACGCUUGAGAGACUACGCUCCCACAACCUGACUGCCAAGCCUUCCAAGUGCCGCUUCGGUGUUCACUCCAUCCACUAUCUCGGAUUCGUACUAGACGGAGAACAGCUGAGACCUCAGAACAGCAAGAUGGAAGCGCUGUGCAGGAUAACUCCCCCUCUGUCCAAGAAAGCUCUCCGCAGUUUUCUAGGUAUGAUUGCCUUUUAUAGGAUGUUUAUUCCCCAGGCUUCAGACUACACCGGACCACUCUCUGACCUCUUGAAGAAAGGAGUCCGCGAACCUCUCGCCUGGGAUGAGACUGCGUUGAGCUGCUUCAAUCACCUGAAGCAAGUGUUGUCCAGCACACCAGUACUACAAGUUCCAGAUUGUGGUUCCCCUUUCAUCCUUCGGAGUGACGCUUCAAGUCACGGACUAGGAUCUGUUCUGCUGCAAUACCAUCAGGGGGUGCCUCAUCCUGUCGCCUAUGCCAGCAGGAAGCUCCUGGACCGGGAAAAGAGGUAUUCCACCAUAGAACGUGAGUGUCUUGCUGUUGUGUUUGGUGUGCUCCGCUUUGACUAUUAUCUCAGAGGUCGUGAAUUCAUAUUAGAAGUGGACCACAAGCCCUUGUUGUACUUGGAAACCUUUAAAGGCAAGAAUGAUAGGGUGUUGAGAUGGGCCUUAAGUCUACAAGCCUACCGGUUCAGAGUCGUCCAUAUUGCUGGGAAGGACAACGUGGGAGCAGAUUUAAUGAGCAGACUCCCAGCCUAA